ACGCCUUGAUUCCACGACAUCCACGUAUUCUCUCCCUGCUCGUUGAACUGGAUACAUUAAUCAGAAACAUUCAAAAUGUCUUUCGAUAGCGACGAUGAUGAGUGCGCGGGCUUCGAAUUUUGUUCGCGACGCAACUCGUUUCCCGGAGUGCUACCUUUUGAUCCCUCGUCGCUAGAAAACUUAAUUUUGUCGAUCGUUGAUAAAUUCGACUUCCGCGUGUUAAUGAGAAAUGAGCGAACAAGGGACGCUGCGCUGGUGACCGCAGGAUUCGCUUUGGCCGGGGGCCUGAUUGGAAAGAUGUACGGGGGACGAAUGGGCGCGGCCGUUGGUGGAGCAGUUGGCGGUGCUUGCGGAAUUGGUGUCGUUGCUAUUUCUAUGCGGGAAGCAUGGAAAGACUUUCGCCCCAAGUUGGCAGACGUGUUCGACCUCGUCUACGAUUACCUGGCUGGACUGGGUAUCAAAGAUUAUACGAGCGCCGCCUUAUUUCUGGCCAAUACGAACCCGCAAACCGCGUUACUAGCCAAGAUGAUUUUGGAAAGUUCUUCGAAGAUAUUGGGAAAACAAUUGGUGUCUAAUCUAGCUUCCGUUACAAAUCUGAUUUAAGUUAUAUUAGUGGUAAUUUAUUAAAAUAAGGGUAGGCUUAAAAAAGACUUAACGUUGUAAGCUACCAUAAUGCUUUAAUUUAAUUUAUUUAUUAAAUUUGACUAAUAAUGACUGAAACUGACACGACUGCAAAUUAUUAUUGUGUACCUAUCUGUAUGGAAAGAAUUGUGUGUAUUUUUAUUAUGCAGAACAUGUCCUUGAAAUAAUCGAACAUUGAGAAUAUAAAUAAAAUUAUUAAAUA